UGUCUCUUUACUUCUUUGUCAUGUUGUCAGUUCGUCACGAAUUUUUUCAUUGUCUCGUAGUGUAUCGCUGUGAUUUUUGUGCUCGUACGAUAUAAUACGAUUGUUAAAAGGAAAUAGCAGCAUAUGGACUGGGCUGAAAACCUGAAAGUGUUAUUUAGAGUUUGCUAAAAAUUGUGUGACAAGUUCGUCUGGCCCACAUCGUUUGUUUGAUGAACAGUUAUGUGAUUGUGAGUACAGUUUUAGAGCUUCCAAAUCAAUAAAUUUGUUGUUAAGUGUUGGACGUGCGGCUGUGGAGGCUGGAGUAUCGUUCUCGUGUGUUGUUGGGGUAGGGUGGAUGGAAAUGUCCGGGGUCCGCUCGGGACGAGUGGCGAAGGUGAAGCGAAGAGUGAAGACCCGGCGAGGACUGUAAGGUGCAUGUCUCAGUGACAGGCGCCGGCACCGCCCGCCGCACUGCCGGGAUACUUUGGAAUGAAAUGUGCUGAGAAUGAUGGCAAUAAUGCAGGACGGAAAUAACGAGGAGUUACCGAAGGAGUUCGUGGAGGGGGGCCGCACGGGGCGUAGGAACGCCAUGCCCGACAUCCUGCACCCGCCGGAGGCCCACACCACCACCGCUGACUUGCCGGCGCGGCUGCAGCAACUCGCCACCACUGACCCAGACAACCCGCAACCGGGUCCGUCGACGUCACAACCCGAGCAGAAGACAGACGAGCCACAGAAGGAGAGCGGCAGUUGAACUGUCUCACUCACACACAGGACUUGUCCAAAGCUAAAGUAAUCUCAGGUAUAGUAUUACGAAACGAUGAUGUAGCCCCACCAAUAGAAUAUGGUGUACAAAAUUAGAUGUUAACUCGUACGAAGAUUCGCAGCUAAUAUAAGGCUGUUAAGUGUAGAUAAUUGGGCUCGAAUCGCGAUUUUGUCUUAGUUGUUUAAGUAAUUUUUAAUUUUGGUGAGUUUUGAAGUUGACGGAGAAUGUACACGGGUCAAAAUUGUAAUUCCUCACAAUCCAAAAAACUGUAUAUCUCUAACAUCUCUGAUUUUUAUCAACAUGAAUAAUGUAUCAAGAAACUUCUGCACAUACUUAUCCGUAAAAAAACUCUUUGAAUUCUCGCAAACUCUUCUGCGUGCCGGAAGCAAUUUGUUUUAAAAGUCCUUGAAAUAACAUUGCCAUUUUCUCAACUUUCAUAGCACAUACUAUCGUUAUUCAUGUAUGGUAAUAUAAUUGGUUGUGAAACCUUUUCAAACGACAUCGAUUUUCCCGUUUCGUCAUAUUAUGUAAAACAGUGAAUUCGUAUACAUACACAUUGGCUUUCAGAAUUUUAUUCGUCGCUCCUAACUUAGGGGGAAAUAGAAGUUUUCACAAUUUAUUUGUCAAUUCGCACAAGUCAAAUUGCUUUUUAAGUUAAGCAAAAAAAAAAUUGUUACGAUUUGGACGUGUGAAGGUGGAGAACCUCGUACGGGUAUGACGCGGAUUUGAGGCUACCAAUUUAUAUUGGAUAAUUCAACAAAGUUGUUUUUUGGCCCAGUUUAAGUUGGUCUGACCCGCCCCGUACCCACUCGAGUUUAGAGUAAAUGGCUAUUUUAUAGAAAAGGUAAGCGUGUUCAGAAACUUGAGUUUAGAUUCCGACUCCGUCAGCAUUCUCUGUCAAGUUUGAAAUGCGGUUGUCUAACACCCUUAUUCUAAGAUGUGUAUUCGAAACUUCCUCCACUCGACUCUGCCUUGCUGAGAAUUUUGGUAUUUUAAGUUGACAUUAACGUCCUCGACUUGAGGACUUUCCUCACUGGAGUCGAGCAUACCGUAUUGCCAACAAAAUAAUACGAAAAUAAUGACGUCAUGCAGUACUGGAGUAUACUCGAGAUCAGGUUGAGGCAUUCUCCAAGAAUACUAGUUUUGAGCUGAUUUCGAGGUCUCCCUUAAAGUCUCAACUGACUUCGAGUAAAUAUCUUCGAAUACUGGUGUAAAACUAAUGUAUGACUUCGUCGUCUCUCAAUUAAUGAACAAAUAAUGUAGAUUAGAAUAGCAACACUCAAUUGUGUGAAUACGUAACGUACUUUUUAAAGAAGUUGUAAUUUUCAUUGUGUAAAUUGUAUUUGAGUUUUCAAAAAAGCGAACCUCGUAGCAUUUAAAAUUUGUGGUAGCUAUUAUGUAAUUGACAAAGUGACACCAGUUUGAUAAUAACUAUUGUAUUUUUUACAUGAAACUUCGGUGGCAACUUUGGAAAUCCAUGAUGUAGUGUAAGAUAUGCAAUUUGAGAAAUAAAAAGUAUUGUUUCAAACCUUAAAAGCAAAGAUAUAUAUUUUUCCGCUCUGUCGGUCGGAUAUGGGGUGGAAGCUAAUGUACCUACCUAAUAAAAUUCACUUGCAUAGGUAGCAUAGGCGGAUCGGGGGCUGUCAUUACCCCCUGGGCGACAGGUUGGGUCAUGGGUGGCAAUUUUAUCCAAUCUUCUACGAAGAUAGGUUGUCUGCGACCUGGUAACCUCUCCCCCCUGUCGUAA